AUGCAAAAUUCGCGCGUCAAGAAACGCAAGAGAGGCAUGAGUUUUGAGCAAUACGAGCGCUACCCCUCUGAGCCUGAGAGACUGGACACUGCCAAAUAUCGUGAGCGCAGAAACUCGACAUCCGACGCAGAUGCUGGCUACAAUGCUAGUAUAUCCCUCAACAGCCACCUCCAAGGACCCACCAAAGACCAAGCCCAGUUUGAGCUCGACAAUCGUUUCGAUGGUGCCGAUGGCGGUCGAAGCAGUAGGAAUGGGGCCCGCGAGGGUAGACGCGAAUCUACUCGCUUGGCGAAACGUGCAUUAGAUCGCCGGGCGUUGAUCCUCGAUGAGAAGGUGUCGAGAUUUCACUUACCACUCUUGCACCCCGGCAAGAAGUACCAAAAUAGAAUGGUCUUCAGGAACAAUGUGGGACGGUAUCUGGAGCGCGGCGACUUCUUCCAAACCCCAGCCGAUAGCAAAGGCGCCCCUGACCGCCGAGAGUUGCGCUUCCAUCUGAUGGUGGGCCGGAACAAAGGCAAACUCAUCUGUUUGAAGGGAACUACCAGGGGCAAUCGAGGCAUGGAAGAAGUUGAGGGGCUGCGGGAGAUUUUCGUGCGCUACUACAACAGGAACGAUGCGGGUAUGCACAAACAGCUGUCUCGUGGUGGCGACGGAAUCCUGGAGCCACUUCUGCUUUCGCAAGGUCAUCCUAAAGAGAACGCUAUGCUCGUGGUAUCCGAACCAGACGUAGUCGACCACAACGACUGGAUAAGGCCAUUGAGCUAUCGUUUAGAAGAGCGUCACGCUGAUCGUGUAUUCCGUAUGGCGCACUACUUCGGAGUUUUUAUCGAUCUUCAACGCCAAGCCGAGGAGGAAUUGGAAGCGCGCAAGGUACGAGAUCGUGAAGUCGAAGCGGAGCGGAAGCGCCAAGAUGUGGACAAGCAGCGUCGCCGAUUCAACGACGACCACUUGCAGCAUUCCAAGAGCGAAUACACCGAGUGCAAACCAGUCUCCGUCCCUGUCUUCGGUUGGAAUUCCUUGGUUGGCGUGCAGCCCCGCAAGUUUGUUGAUGCGAAGGAUCAAGAUGCGCCCGCGGUAGUAAUAUCUUCAACUCCAACACAGGAUCUGGGUUCUCCAAGCACGCGCGUAUCCACCAAGAGCAGCUUCCAAGAUGCAAAGCCACUUCAGACCGAAGCGCACGAAGCACCUACAAGUGUGGAGCAGCAUGGUCUCGUUCAAACACAAGUCAAGAAGCUUACGGAGACGCCAGGAAAUGCAAUUGGUAGUCAGUUAAACUCGCCUGCGCAAGAUCGUGGUAGACGAGAGGUCAAGGGCGGGAAAAAUGCAGAUGCAGAGCAACCCGAAGUCGAGGAGUCCGAUGGAAAUGAGAACUCCAAGCUCCAGGAUAUGCAACACGACACCAAUGUAGCACCCGUUGUUGCGAUCCACAGAACUGGACUCACCACAAGCAUCGAUCAACUCAAAGCAACCUGA